AUAAAGUGAGUAUUUAUUUGCUUCCAGUAGUAGUAGGAGUUGUUUGAUAUACCAGAAAAUGUAAGAACAUGGACAAUAUUUUACGUAUUACACAUUUUUACUUUCAUUUUAUAUUUGAAACAAUUUAUUUAUGUAUUUUCUCCAUUUGUAGAAAACCACUAGGGUGGGCGAUUUCUUCAAUAGCAAUUUUUUCACAGUUUAGUAAAUGUAGAUGAUGAAUUUUUAGAAAAGAAUAAAAUCUGUUGAAAUACUUCAGUUGACUUGUUUCACAAACCACACAAGACUUUUUUUUUGUUUGGUUCUAUUUUUUUUAUCCAGUUUAACCAAACAUUCAAGAACACUGAAUACCUGGGUCAACUGUAUGGAGAGCUGGAAAAGAGCAACGAUUUUCUAACAUCUGUGGAUUCCUGGGAAACAAAUUUUUUGAAAUACAGAGUUUGGAAAUAUGCAUUGUAGCUGCAGUUCAAAUAUGGGACCCCUCAUUUCACCAUACUGGAGUCAAAUGUUGUUUCCUGAUUGGGCAUAUAAGCCAGCCUGGUCUCCAGGUUCUCGGCAAGUCCAGCUGUGGCAUUUCCUGUUGGAGUUGUUAGGUCGGGGUGAAAGCGGAGUUAUCACAUGGAGUGGUGAAUGGGGAGAGUUUGUUAUCCAAGACCCUGAGCGACUGGCCAAGCUUUGGGGAGAGAGGAAGGGAAAGCUGCAUAUGAACUAUGACAAACUGAGCAGAGCAUUGAGAUAUUACUACAAUAAGCGGAUUCUUCAUAAGACCAAAGGAAAACGAUUCACAUAUAAAUUUAAUUUCAGUAAACUGAUUUUGGUGAAUUAUCCCAGUUUGGCUAGCUGCCAACAGUCUGGAAGCUCUCUACCAUUCUCUCGUUUUUCUUCUGAGGGAUCACAUUACAGCCCACCUGUGAACAGAGCUCAACCAUCAGUCUCACACCCUUUGCUGCUCCCCUACUGCAUCUCAAAGUCACUCCCAUUUUCUCGGGCCAAUCCAAACCAACAACAGUUUCCUUUCCUUUCUGCCCUGCCCACUUCAGCAGCACAUAUAUCAGAGUUCUUAUGCCUGCCACCAUUCAACUCAUCCUUACACCUUGGCCAAACUUUAACCAGCUGGCCAACAAAGGAUAGUGCAGAGUGGUGUUUAAACAGAGUCACAGCACCAAGCCAGAUGGAUGAGAGUGAAGGACAAGAGAAAAAGAUGUAAGAAAGAAGGAGAUGGAGGACCGAAUACUUAAAGCCUCAAUCAGGAAACACAACAGUUUGCAGGCCAAUUGUCAUUUUUGCAACCAAGGUUUUAAAGCAAUAGCAAACAACUCACUAAAUUAUACAGUAUUUACAAUUACAACUCGUUUAGGUAAUGAAUAACUUGCUUAAAAUUUUCUGUAAGUAUACCUUACCAUGGUAGUCUGACCAUGGUGCUGUUUGUUAUUCUUUAUUGAGUGGAUGCUAUUUGUUUCUUUAUAAAUUCAAAGAUUGUGUAUUAGUUGAAACAGUUACUUUAAGACUAUAGCCCAAGGCUAAUGUAUUUUUGUGUGUUACUGUAAUAGGAGCUACAUGUAGAUCCAUUAGACAAAAGCAGUUUCAAUUAAAAAAAAUACAGUGUAUAAUAUAUGUAUGUUCAUGUUUUAUGGACACAGGGCUAGGCUGGGCACAUUAUCACCUACAAGUGCAGAUAGAUUGAUACCUACUAAUAAUACCAAACAAAAUUUCACCAAACCCCAGUGAGGGCAACAAAGCUUUUUUAAGUGAAAAAAUUUAGCUGUGUCUUUCCCUAAGCAUAUCCCAACUCCAUAUUAAUACUCAUGAUUUUGGAAUGGGAUAUUCAGCAAGCACAUAUUUUCAAAAUGGCAUUUUGGAAAAUAUCUACAGCCACCUCUCAUGUGAGUCAGACUAUUAGGCGGUGAUUUCAUAUUUGUAUCAUGAAUGUAUCGUGAAUAUGUCUGCAUAUGUAGCCCUGAGGAACAACAUGUAAUUACUACAAUUCACAGAAUUCUGUUCUGACCAGAAGAGAAAAUAACAUUGAUUAACUUAUUUCUUAUAGAAAGUUGUCACAUUUUGGCCAUGUCAUCAAAACCUGACCACAGAUUACAGUUCAGUAACUCUAACUGCUCCAAAAAAAAGAGAACACUUAAAUCACACACUGGAUCUCAGUAAAUGAAAUAUUGAAGUUGAAAAUCUUUACUUACGUAUAUAUUGUGUAAUUCGUUGAGAACAAAAUGAUGUGAAAAUAGUCAUUGGAAACCAAAAUCAUCAACCCACUAAGGGUUGAACUAAAAAUCUCUCAGAAAAUCAUUAAAAAUUAAAUUACAGGCUGAUCCAACUUAAAUGAAUUUAAUCACAGCAACUCAUAAUGUAAGUCAGUAGUGUGUAUGGCCCCCAGGUGCCUGUAUGCACUUCCAAGAACGUCUGGGCAUGCUCCUUAUGAGGUGGCCUUUGUCAUCCAGAACCUGCCUACACACUCUGGCCACAUGAGGCUGGACAUUGUCAUGCACAAGGAGGAGCCCAGGGACCACUGCACCAUAAGAUCUGACAAUGGGUUUCAUUCAGGUACCUAACAGCAGUAACACUACCGUUGGCUAACAUGGAGGUCUUUGUGACCCUCCAAGGAGAUUCCUCCCCAGACCAUUACUGACCCACCAACAAACCAUUCAUCCUAGAUGAUGUUGCAGGCAAUAUAAUGUUCCCCUCUGCAUCUCCAGACUCUUUCACAUCUGUCACAUGUGCUCAGUGUGAACCUGCAUCCAUGAAGAGAACAGGCAUCCGUGACGGAGCUGCAAAUUCCGUUGUUCUCUGGUAAAUGCCAAUUGAGCUGCAUGGUGCUGUUUUGUGAGCACAGGUCCCUCUAGAGGAUGUUAGGCUCUCAUGCCACCUUCAUAGAGUCUGUUUCUGAUAGUUUGGUCAGAAACCUGCCCACCAGUAGCUUGCUGGAGGACAGUUUGUAAGGCUCUGGAAGUGCUCAUCCUGGUCCUCCUCAUUUAAAGGAGCAGAUAUCAGUCCUGCUGCUGGAUUGUUGCCCUUCUAAAGCCCUGUCCAGCUCUCUACGUGUAACAGCCCAUCUCCUGGUAUCUCCUCCAUGCUCUUGAAACUGUGUUGGGAGACACACCCAAACUCCUUGUGAUGGCAAGUAUGGAUGUGCCAUCUUAGAGAAGCUGGACUACCUGUGCAACAUCAGGUUGCUGGUACUGCCUCAAGCUACAAGUAGUGACAAUGACUCUAAACUAGACUGCAGCCAAAUCAGUGAGGUAGGAUAAGCAGAGAGCAAUUGUCUGUGGACACCACCUGCAAAACCAUUCCCUUUUUUGGGUGUUUGUCUUGCUGUUGCUUCAAAGGGCACCUGGUGUCACUUUCAGUUGCACCAAAACAGAGAAAUCUGAUUGAUCAGUUACAUAUGCUUCCUAACUAGACAGAUUAAUGUCCCUGAAGUUUAAAUGACUUGGUGCUAAGUUUUUCCUUAAUGUUUGAGCAGUAUAUUUUUAUUAACAAUGUAGACAAAAUGAAGCAUUGGUAGGGUUGUAAAUAGAUGCUUUUUAUUACUUGUAAAUAGAGUAUAACCGAGAAUACAAUUUAAAAUGAACAAGGAACAAGGAAUUGCAUGCAUGGAUGAAAUGAUCAGAUAUUGGUUGAUGUGGACAUAGACUUGCUGAUAUGCAACUCAGGCAAACAUUACACACUGGUGGUGAGUCUUUUUUUUUUAAAUUAAAUGUGUAGAACACAACUAUUGUCAUUAUUGUCAUAA